UGCAUUUAUGUGAAUUUCCCAGCGCAAACGUGGAAGAGGAAAACAGGCGACCUGAAAAAGCAGCAGCAGCAGCGAGCAAGAAGCAGAAGCACAAGCAGCUAAAAAGGUUCGCACCAGUUUAACCCAAAAAAAAAAAACAAAAUCCAGUUAAACCAAAAAGGAAAAAUUAAAAAAUAAAAACCAGUGCUUUUGAAAUCGGAAAUCCUUACAAAUCCAGAGAAAAAGUGCAAAAAUCGUGUGGCAAAUUCCCUUUUUUUCGCAAGCUGAAAAAAAGAGCCGUUAUGCGAGCGAGCGAGCUCACGAAAAAUUUCGCUGUACACCAAAUGUUUUCCCAACAGAACCGCUGCUGCGUGAAAAUUCCAUUUUCAUUUUGCUCUAGCUGGCAAACGGGUAAAACUCGCCGCGAGUGCAGUGAAAAACGGCCGCAGUGAAAGAUAUAUAAUUCCGGGAAAAUGGUGGGCCAGUGAAAAGUAAAAGUUCGUCCGAGGGGCAGCCACAGCAUGCCGUACGAGUCGAUGCACCAUCAUCAGUCGGCGGCCGCUGCCGUGGCCGCUGGCACCGCCCCCAACGGAAUGCUGGACGCCCUCAGCCUGCAGCUGCGCGACGCGGAGAUGCGACGCACGGAGAUCGAGCGGGCGCAUCAGGAAACCCUGGCACAAAUACGCAAUCUGAGCGGAAGCGCACGUCCCGAUGCCGAGGCGGUGGAGAAUCUGCAGUCGAGGGCCCGGGAACUGGAAAAGAAGGUUGCGCUGGAGAACGUGCGCUGCGAGGAGUUGCAAAUCGAACUGACCUCGGCUCUGAAGGCCAAACAGGCAUCCCGCUCGGUCUGCUCCGGAAUGGGCAGCAUGUCCUCCGGCGCCGGCGCCACCAUUCCUACAUCGGCCAGCAGCUCCACCGUCACUUGGGCACCGACAAUCAGCCACCAGGACCAAGGCUCCGAGAUCGAUAUCAUAAUGGCAAAGAUUGAGCAGGAUAAUCGCGUGCUGGCCGAGCUGGAGCAGCCUCGCACCUCGGCCAGCGCCAGCAUGUCAGCAUUGCCGCCCAGUUCCAUGAUGAGCACGGUAAAUAGCGAAUUUAGAACCAUAUCAAAGAGUGAACUCGAAGAAGAACUGAACCGUUACAAAAGGGCCGUUCUGGGCGGCGGUGGCGGAAGCGGGGGCGGCAUCUCGGCCCUCUCCUCCGGCUACUCGAGCCUCCCACAGUCGCUGGCCUCCACGCUGCCCAACGGUGGGGGCGGGGCCAGCACCAGCCUGAGCGGCACCAGCCUCGGCUCGCACAGCGUGGCCGCCGCUGCUGCCCUCGCCGCCUCCUCCUCGGCAGGAUCGGGGGGCGGGGCAGGAGGCGGAGGCGGCGGCGGCGGCGGGGUCGGGGGCGGCCUGUCAUCCAUAUCGGCCCUGGUGCCCAACUCAAUCAGCGGCAUAUCCUCGAGCCUGAGCAGCCAUGCCAUACAAUCCAUGCAGUACGGCGCCGGGCAGACGUCCGUGGAGAAGCUGCUGAGCGGAACUAGUGGAAUCACUGGCAUUCCACCCCUGCCGGUAAAUAUUCACACGAUGAAGGCUAUGCCGACGGCAUUAAGUCAGCGCGGAACAAUACAGCUGUACAAUUUGCAGAGCACAACCAUGCCCCUCCUGUCACUCAACUCGCAUAACCUGCCUCCGGGUGCCUCCACCAGCUACUCGGGACUGGGCGCCGGCGGCGGCUCCUCGCUGACGCACCCCUCGAUGGCCAAUCUGGGCCUGCUGGACACCGGCGCCCUUCUGGGCGUGGGCUCUGCCGGCCUGGGCGGUUUGAGCGGAAUGGGACCCGGUGGCGGUGGCAUCACCGGAGCCACCUCACUGUACGGAUUGAGCGGCGGCGGUGGCGGAGGAGCCGGUGGCCUGGGCAGCUCCUAUGGCCCGCCCUUCCUGGACGUUGCCUCGAGCGCCUCGUACCCGUUCACCGCCGCUGCCCUGCGACAGGCCUCCAAGAUGAAGAUGCUGGACGAGAUCGAUAUACCGCUGACGCGGUACAACCGCAGCUCGCCCUGCUCACCCAUCCCGCCCAGCAAUUGGGGACUGGACGAGUUCACCGACGGCCUCAGCGUCUCCAUGAUGCACAACCGCGGCGGCCUGGCUCUGGGUGCUCUGGAUCUGGACACUCGCAAUCAUGGCCUAAAUGGAGCCAGCGAACCGCAGGUGGAUAUGCUCGACAUUCCCGGAAAGGGCCGCUGCUGUGUGUUCAUAGCCCGUUUUCCCUACGAUCCUCCAGAUGUACAUAAUCAAUUCUCUUCCAUGCCUUGCAGGGAGGCUGAGGGCGAGCUCUCCCUGUGCGCCGGCGACUAUCUGCUGGUGUGGACCAGCGGGGAGCCCCAAGGUGGCUACCUGGACGCGGAGCUGCUGGACGGGCGACGUGGCCUCGUGCCGGCCUCCUUUGUGCAGCGUUUAGUGGGCGACGACCUCCUGGAGUUCCACCAAGCGGUGCUGUCCACACUGCGCGACGCCGAAGAUGGGUCGAUGCAGUGCGACACCACGUCGCUGCCCUCCUUGCCGCCGCACAACCCAUUGCUCACACACACCCACGAGGAUCUGGCCCGCUUGAGUGAGACGCACACCGAUCUGGAGCACGACCAGGACGAUAUCAGCGACAAUGUUCCAGCACCCAAGCACUUGACGCUGGAACGGCAGCUGAACAAGAGCGUGCUCAUUGGCUGGUCGCCGCCGGAGCCAGUGGGCUACAACCUCAUCGACAGCUACCACGUCUACGUGGACGGCGUGCUCAAGGUCACCGUGAAGGCCAACGAACGCACACGCGCCUUGAUCGAGGGCGUUGACUCCACGCGGCCGCAUCGCAUCAGCGUGCGGAGCGUGACCCAGAACCGGCAGACCUCGCGGGACGCCGCCUGCACGAUGAUCAUCGGGCGGGACACCGCCCACCUGGGCCCCUCGGCGGUGCGCGCCUCUCACAUAACCUGUUCCUCGGCGGUCAUCUCGUGGCUGCCGGCCAACUCGAACCACCAGCACGUGGUGUGUGUGAACAAUGUGGAGGUGCGCACCGUCAAGCCGGGCAUGUACAGGCACACGAUCACGGGCUUGGCGCCGAGCACCCAGUACCGGGUGACCGUGCGGGCCAAGCACCUGCGGGCCGUGGGCCAACAUGCCGCCAAUCCGAUGGGCCAGACGGGAGUCACCGGCAGGCCGGGCCAGGAGGAGGCGCCAGGAGCGUACGCCGACUUCCGGACCCUGACCAAGGGCCUGCCAGAUCCGCCGCAGGAGAUACAGCUGGAGGCCGGCCCGCAGGACGGUACCAUUCUGGUGACAUGGCAGCCGGUUAACAGGCCCACCUCGACGGGGCCUGUAACCGGCUAUGCUGUGUACGCCGAUGGUAAGAAGGUCACCGACAUCAACUCGCCCACCGGCGACCAUGCCCUCAUCGACAUCGGCAAGCUGGGCGUCUUCAAUCCGCGCGCCGUCACCAUCCGCACCAAAUCCAGGGACUCCCAGUCGGCGGACAGUGCGCCCAUCUUGAUACCAAAUACUGUUCGCAAUGCCGUGGCCCGGAGGGUCCCGAACCAGAUGGGCAUGGGUCCGCAGUUGCCGCAGGGACCGCACGGGAUGGCCGGGGUGCAGCAGCAGAUGGGCGGCAUUCCCGGGCAGCCGGGUCUGCAGGGUCAGCACAUGAUGGGCCAGCAGGAUCAGGGGCAGUACGACCCCAACCAGAUGCAGCAGCAGCAGGGCAUGCAGCCACAGCCGGGGCAGCCGGGUCACCAGCCCGACGGAGGCUCCGGCUUGUUAGGUGGCCUGCUCGGUGGCCUCUUCUCGAAACCCACACAGAAUCAAGUGAACCAGAAUGGCUAUCAACCAGGUGCUCCAGGAACGCAAAGGGGCAUGGUGCCGAUCCCGGGAAGAGCCCAGGGACCCCAGCAACAGCAGCAGCAGCAACCCUAUGGACCUCAGGGUCCCAUGGGUGGGCCACGUUUUCGAGGACCAGUUCCUGGCCAGCUUAAUAUGCAAGGUCAGCAGAUGCAGGGUCAGAUGCAGGGGCAGAUGCAAGGGCAAAUGCAAGGGCAGAUGCCAGGUCAAAUGCCUGGACAGAUGCCUGGUCAGAUGCCGGGUCAGAUGCAGGGGCAGAUGCCUGGUCAAAUGCCUGGUCAGAUACCCGGCCAGAUGAUGGGACCACGAGGACCACUGAACCAACAGCAACAGCAGCAGCAGCAAAUGCAGCAGGGCCAGAUGAUGCCCGGCCAGCAGCCUGGACAACCAGGACAGGCGGGCCAGCCCGGUCAGCCGGGUCAGCCUGGCCAAAUGCCCGGGGCCCAGAAGAAACCGCGCUACUUUGUGGCCAUGUUCGACUACGACCCAUCCACGAUGAGUCCCAAUCCCGACGGCUGCGACGAAGAGCUGCCCUUCCAGGAGGGCGACACGAUCAAGGUAUUUGGUGAUAAGGAUGCGGAUGGCUUCUACUGGGGCGAGCUGCGUGGUCGCCGGGGCUAUGUGCCGCACAACAUGGUCUCCGAGGUGGAGGACACCACUGCCUCCAUGACGGCCGGCGGACAGAUGCCUGGUCAGAUGGGCCAGAGUCAGGGAGUCGGCGUGGGUGGCACCGCCCAGGUGAUGCCCGGCCAGGGAGCUCCGCAGCAGAGUAUGAGGAACGUGAGCCGCGACCGGUGGGGCGACAUCUACGCCAACAUGCCGGUGAAGCGGAUGAUCGCCCUCUACGACUACGAUCCCCAGGAGUUGAGUCCCAACGUGGAUGCCGAGCAGGUGGAAUUGUGUUUCAAGACGGGCGAAAUCAUACUCGUUUACGGUGAUAUGGAUGAAGACGGUUUCUACAUGGGCGAGCUGGACGGCGUGCGGGGCCUGGUGCCGUCGAACUUCCUGGCGGACGCGCCCGACCAGUACAACAACCAGAUGGGGCCGGGCGGCGUGGCCGGCCGCGGCGGGCUGAGCCAGCGGGGCAGGGGUCAGGGGCCAGGAGCGAGGGGGCCGCCGCCCCCGCCACGGGACAACAUGAUGCCCGGAAUGGGCGGGCGCGCACAGCCGGGCAAAAAUGCUCGCCCUGCUUCCCCUACACUGUUAGACAACACGGGCCAUCCUGCCCCCGAUCACCAAACGCAGGGGAUGAUCGGUCGCGUUGGUAAUGUCGGCCUGCAGCAGCAACAGCAACAGCAGCAGCAGCAGCAGCAGCAACUCCAACAGCAGCAGCAAUAUGGUCAGCAACAGACGCAGAUGGGACAGCAGCAGCAGCAGCAGCAACAGCAGCAAAUGGGACAACCUGGAAUGAUGGGUCAGCAGCAGCAGCCGAUGGGUCAGAUGGGGCAAAUGGGUCAGCAGAUGGGUCAGCAGCAGAUGGGACAGCAGCAGAUGGGACAGCAGCAGCCGCCGACGACGCAGGCCCAGACGGGCGGCCUCUUCUCGGGCGCAACUAGCCUGCUCUCUGGUGCUACCUCGGCUGCCACCGGUGGUCUAUUUGGGUCGAAGCAACCGCCCAAGACGGAUCCAAUGCAACCACAAGGCGGUGUGCAGCCAGUGCAGCAACAAGCGAAUGCCUUUGGCGUCCAGCAGGGGGGGAUGCAGCAGCAGCAGCAGCAGGGGAUGCAGCAAGGCAUGCAGCAGGGGAUGCAACAGCAGGGGAUGCAGCAAGGUAUGCAGCAGGGGAUGCAGCAGCAGGGGAUGCAACCAGGAAUGCAGCAGGGCAUGCAGCCAGGGAUGCAGCCCGGCAUGCAGCAGCAGCAACAACAAGUGCCACCGCAAGCCCAGGCUCCGCCUCAAGGACCGGGCGCCGGCCUGCUCGGCGGCCUCAAGGGCAUCGCAGCGGCGGCGCCCGGCGGCGAUGUCCUAUCGAAAGGCAAAGAUCUCUUCGGAAAAUUCGGGUUCGGCUUUGGCAAAUAACCCCGGUCAUUCCAUAGGGUCCUGUUAUAUUAUUCGUAGACUAGACUUAUUAUUACUAUUAUGAUUAUGAUUAUUGCUAUUGAUUACGAUUACUAAGCUAAUAUAUGAAAAAGGAGAAAUGGAAAAAAAAAACAGAAAAA